AUGAAAAGUCCAAGACAUACCUUACUUGGUAAAUCAAGAUUUUUUAAAAUCUUUGCCAAAAAUAUCAAUGAUGAUUCGAAAGAUAGAGCCAUCACUCGUCGACAAUUGUCAUCCACAAAAUAUCCGAAUUAUUCAGAAGUCGAAGAUGAAGGUUUUUUUACAGUCGAAGACUCGGCUACUAAAAUAGUGUCACGAGCAUGGAAAUAUAUAUCUCAAGAUAAUGAACUUUGGCGUGGCAUGUAUAUGGCAAAUAAAGGUUGGAAGACAUCCAUACCGCGUGAAGCAACGCUUGCAGGUGAAGUCACUUGGAAGGAGUUGUACAGAAACAGACAUAUUCUUGCAAUGCGAUGGAAGAAAGGCGAUUGUGAAAAGACAUAUCUUAAUGGUCAUACGGACAGCGUAUAUUGUAUACAAUUUGACGAACAUAAAAUUGUAACAGGAUCGCGUGAUAAAACCAUUAAGUUCUGGGACAUUAAAACUGGUGAAUGUUUUCAAACAUUAUAUGGUCACGAGUUAUCUGUCUUGUGCUUACAAUACAAUGAUAAGAUUAUGGUUUCGGGCUCUAGUGACAGGACUAUUAUUAUUUGGGAUAUGCAGAGGGUUGGUAUGCAGAAGAUCAAUAAUUCAAUAACACAAUUGCGACGCCUCACGGGUCAUUCCGCAGGUGUUUUGGACAUUUGUUUCGAUGAUUUUUAUAUCGUUUCUUGUUCGAAAGAUAGUACGAUUAAAGUUUGGGAUAUAAAUACAGGUACAUGUCUUCGUACUUUAACAGGUCAUCGUGGACCUGUUAAUGCUGUUCAACUUCACGGUAAUAGAAUUAUAUCAGCGUCAGGUGAUGCUUUAAUUAAACUCUGGAAUUUAGAAAGUGGUGAAUUCCUUAAAGACUUUAUUGGCCAUACAAGAGGGUUGGCCUGUGUUCAAUUUGAUGGUAAAUGGGUGGUUUCGGGUUCUAAUGAUAAAACUAUUAGAAUUUGGGACGUCGAAACUGCACAAUGUGUCCGUACACUAGAGGGGCACACUGAUUUAGUUAGAACAUUACAUUUUGAUGAAGACAAGAUUGUUAGUGGAAGUUAUGAUCAAACUGUUAAGGUUUGGGAAUUAAAAACAGGAAAGCAAUUAUUAGAUUUUAAAGAAGGUCACACAAGUUGGGUAUUUGAUGUCCAAUUUAGCUCAACAAAAAUUGUUAGGUAA